GAUUUCAUGCGAUAGUGUCUGUAUGAACCUUUUCUUUCCAGGGUAUAGAGUAUUUUAAUCCGUAGGAGACCAAGAUGUCGAAUCCCAACACAACUGCCAUAUCAGCAGAAAAGGAGGCUUUGAAUUUGAAGUUGCCCCCUAUUGUCCGUCCCCCCAAAGACAUAUGUAUUAACACACCAAAACAAAGUGAGCUGCUAAAUUACAGAAGAUCUAAGGAGCAGCAGAAGAAAAUUAACCAGUUAGUAAUUGCUGGAGCAAAAAAAAAUCUAGACAAAACUCUGGAUAAAAGAAUACCUUCAUUACCAGAGCCAGACUUCCCUCCGACGAUGACCAGUGAAAUUAAAAAAAAAGGAUUGAACUACAUUUACAUGAAGCAGUGUGUAGAGAGUAGUCCUAUAGUACCGAUUCAGCCAGAAUGGCUGGACCACAUGUUAAUGCUGAUACCUGAGCACUUAAAGGAAGGGAAGAAAAGAGAAGAGCUGCUUGGAAGUCUCGUAAGUGAGGUGUCAAGUGACUUUGAAAAAAGCAUGAAGAGAUAUUUGGUACAAAGUGUUCUUGUGAAACCUCCAGUUCAAUGGCUUGAAGAUGAAGGGGGCCCUUUGCCUGAAUCUCCUGUAGGACUAGAUUAUUCCAAUCCUUGGCAUUCUAGCUUUGUUCAAGCAAGAAGCCAAAUAUUAGCAAAUUUGCACAUUGUUCAUCCAACUAUGAAAAUAUUGCUGGAGCUUGGUUAUACAACAUUUGCAGAUAUAAUUUUGCUGGACUUAACAGGAAUUAGAGCUAGAGGCCCAAUUGAUUGUGAAGCACUGAGAAAUGAUCUAUCAAUUCAAGCUAAAAAAUCAGAAGAGAGGAUAAUGAACACAUGGUAUCCAAAGGUUAUAAAUCUCUUUACUAGGAAGGAGGCACUUGAAGGCAUUAAGCCUGAAAAAAUGGAUUCCUUUUACAGCUGUGUCUCCAUACUUAUGUCAAACCAGCUAAAGGAUCUCUUACGGAGAACUGUAGAAGAAUUUGUAAAACUCUUUGAUCCAAAACACCAAGACAGGCUUCCAAUAUUUAAGAUGGAGUUGACAUUUGAUGAAGAUAAAAUGGAAUUUUAUCCCACCUUUCAAGAGUUGGAAGAUGUUGUUUUGGGUUUGAUAGAACGAAUAUCUGAAAUUCUGCAGAAUGUCCAAACAGUGUCUUCUUGGCUGUCAGGAACUUCAUCGCCUGUCAAUCUUGACACAGAACUUCCAGAACAUGUGUUACACUGGGCUCUUAAUACACUGAAGAUAGCGGUACAUCGCAACUUAGAAGGCACAAAAGCACAUUAUGAUUCAUACGUUGAAAACUAUAACUGGCUCCUUGAUGGGACUGCAACAAAGAUGAUAGAAACUUUCCAGGCAGAAGACCAUACUUUUGAUGAAUACACAGAGUUUAUAGAAAAGUUUUUCAGUCUUGCUUCAGAAAUAAUGCUUUUGCCUCAAUGGGUUCAUUACCCUAUGAUUCGUUUGGACUGUGAGGACUUGAAGGUAGGCUUGACAAACAAAGCAAAAGCCUUCGCAAACAUACUAUUAAGUGACAUCGCUGCAAAACACAGGAAAGAAAAUGAAUCUAUCUGCAGUGAUUUUGAAACAAUCAAAGAGCACGCUCUGCGAGUUCCUGAGACAACAGAAGAAAUGAUGGAGCUAAUCGCGUUUGUAGAAAAAGCUAGAACCUCAGGAAUUCGUAAGUUGGCUGAAAGGAUCCAGGAAUCUAAACGGCAAAUGAGUUACUUUUUGGAUGUUUUUCUAUUUCCUCAAGAAGACUUAAAUUUAAAUGCAACUGUCCUCAUGUGGCCUACAAAAAUUAACCCUGUCUUUGAUGAGAAUGAUGAACUCAUUGAGCAUGCUAAACGUGCAAAAGAAAAUGAACUAAUAGCCAAGAGAGAGAAACUCAUUUUGGAAAUAGAAAAAGAAUCACGUCGCAUGGAAGAGUUUGCAGAGUUCGCAGAGCUGGAUCGCAUGCAACAGUAUGUGACAGAUGUAAGACAGCUACAAAAACGUAUUCAGGAAUCAGAAGAAUCAGUUCAGUUUAUUAAUAAAGAAGAGGAACUUUUCAAAUGGGAAUUGACAAAGUAUCCUGAGCUGGAAAAAUUAAAAGUCAACAUUGAACCCUACCAGAAGUUUUUUAACUUUGUUUUGAAGUGGCAACGAACAGAAAAACGGUGGAUGGAUGGAGGGUUUUUGGACCUUAAUGGGGAAAGCAUGGAAGCUGAUGUCGAUGAGUUUUCCCGAGAAAUUUUUAAGACACUGAAAUUCUUCCAAACUAAGCAAAAGAAAGAAUUACAAGAAAGAAGAAAGGCAGCAAGAAAACGAUCUUUGGUAGAAGAGAAACCUGAAGAAGAACCAAAGGAGAAUCCUACAAUUGCUAUGUGUACUACAGUAAUGGAGCAGAUAAAGGUUUUUAAGGAGUACAUCCCCACUGUCUCCAUUCUGUGCAAUCCAGGAAUGAGAGCCCGCCACUGGAAACAGAUGUCAGAGAUUGUGGGCUAUGACUUAACUCCAGAUUCUGGAACCACUCUGAGAAAAGUUUUAAAAUUAAACCUUACACCAUAUUUAGAAAAAUUUGAAGUGAUAAGUGCAGGUGCAAGCAAGGAAUUUUCCUUAGAGAGAGCCAUGAAUGCUAUGAUAGCAACUUGGGACGAUAUUUCUUUUCAUAUAAGUCUGUACCGUGACACUGGAGUCUAUAUCCUUUCCUCAGUGGAUGAGAUUCAGGCGAUUCUUGAUGACCAAAUUAUAAAGACUCAGACAAUGAGAGGCUCACCUUUUAUCAAACCAUUUGAAAAUGAGAUCAAGGCCUGGGAGGACCGUCUGAUUCGAAUACAGGAAACAAUUGAUGAGUGGUUAAAAGUGCAAGCUCAGUGGCUGUACUUAGAGCCUAUCUUUUGCUCUGAGGAUAUCAUGCAGCAGAUGCCAGAAGAAGGACGUCAGUUUCAGACAGUAGACAGAAACUGGAGGGAUAUCAUGAAGUUCUGUGCUAAAGACCCAAAGGUUCUUGCUGCUACUUCUUUAACAGGCUUACUAGAAAAACUCCUGAACUGCAAUGACCUUUUGGAGAAAAUCAUGAAGGGACUGAAUGCAUAUCUCGAAAAGAAACGACUUUUCUUCCCUCGAUUUUUCUUUUUAUCUAAUGAUGAGAUGUUAGAGAUUUUGUCGGAGACCAAAGAUCCACUCAGAGUUCAGCCACACUUAAAAAAAUGCUUUGAAGGCAUUGCUAAAUUGGAGUUCCUGCCUAACCUGGACAUUAAAGCCAUGUACAGCUCUGAAGGCGAGCGAGUGGAGCUGAUUGCACUGAUCUCCACGUCAGCAGCAAGGGGUGCUGUGGAGAAGUGGCUGAUUCAAGUUGAAGACCUGAUGCUCAGGAGUAUUCAUGACGUGAUUGCUGCGUCCAGGCUGGCUUAUCCAGAAUCUGCAAGAAAAGACUGGGUCAGAGAGUGGCCUGGCCAGGUUGUGCUUUGUGUUUCUCAAAUGUUCUGGACUUCUGAGACACAGGAAGUUAUAAGUGGUGGAACAGAGGGAUUAAGGAAGUACUACAAGGAACUUCAGUAUCAACUAAAUGAUAUUGUAGAGCUAGUAAGAGGAAAGUUGUCUAAACAGACCAGGAUCACACUGGGCGCUUUGGUUACCAUUGAUGUCCAUGCUAGGGAUGUCGUUAUGGACAUGAUUGAAAUGGGUGUCUCACACGAUACAGAUUUCCAGUGGCUUGCUCAGCUUCGUUAUUACUGGGAAUAUGAGAAUGCACGAGUUCGUAUCAUUAAUUGCAAUGUAAAAUAUGCAUAUGAGUAUCUUGGUAACUCCCCUCGCCUUGUCAUAACUCCUCUGACUGACAGAUGUUACAGAACAUUGAUAGGUGCCUUCUAUUUAAACCUCGGAGGUGCUCCAGAGGGGCCAGCGGGCACAGGAAAAACUGAAACCACCAAAGACUUGGCUAAAGCUCUUGCUGUACAGUGUGUGGUGUUCAACUGCUCUGAUGGGCUAGACUAUCUAGCAAUGGGAAAGUUUUUUAAAGGGCUGGCUUCUUCAGGUGCUUGGGCUUGCUUUGAUGAGUUUAAUCGAAUUGAACUGGAAGUGUUAUCAGUGGUGGCCCAGCAGAUUCUCUGCAUUCAGAGAGCCAUUCAGCAGAAAUUGGAUGUGUUUGUUUUUGAAGGGACAGAACUUAAGCUCAAUCCGAACUGUUUUGUAGCUAUUACCAUGAAUCCUGGCUAUGCAGGACGUUCUGAAUUGCCAGACAACCUCAAGGUUCUUUUUAGAACGGUAGCUAUGAUGGUUCCAAACUACGCCCUCAUAGCCGAAAUCUCCCUCUACUCCUACGGGUUUCUGAAUGCAAAGCCUCUGUCUGUGAAGAUCGUAAUGACCUACAGGCUUUGCUCGGAGCAGCUCUCCUCACAAUUUCAUUAUGACUAUGGAAUGAGAGCAGUGAAAGCAGUUUUAGUGGCAGCUGGAAACUUAAAAUUAAAAUAUCCCGAUGAAAAUGAGGACAUAUUGCUUCUUCGAUCAAUUAAAGAUGUAAAUGAACCAAAGUUUCUAUCACAUGACAUACCUUUAUUUAAUGGAAUAACUAGUGACUUAUUUCCUGGUAUUAAACUUCCUGAAGCUGACUAUAAUGAAUUUUUGGAAUGUGCAUAUGAAACCUGCCGAGUACAUAAUCUUCAGCCUGUUAAAUUUUUUCUUGAAAAAAUUAUUCAGACGUAUGAAAUGAUGAUUGUUCGACAUGGUUUUAUGCUGGUAGGAGAGCCUUUUGCUGCUAAGACCAAAGUUCUGCAUGUGCUGGCUGAUACUUUAAGUCUUAUGAAUGAACGCAAUUAUGGAGAGGAAGAAAAGGUCAUGUACAGGACUGUAAACCCGAAGUCAAUUACUAUGGGCCAGCUUUUUGGGCAGUUUGACCCAGUGUCUCAUGAGUGGACUGACGGCAUUGUGGCAAACACGUUUAGAGAAUUUGCCUUAGCAGAAACCCCUGAUCGGAAAUGGGUUGUAUUUGAUGGUCCUAUUGACACUUUGUGGAUAGAGAGUAUGAAUACAGUCUUGGAUGAUAAUAAAAAGCUUUGCCUUAUGAGUGGAGAAAUCAUUCAAAUGUCUCCUCAGAUGAGCCUCAUCUUUGAAACAAUGGACCUUUCACAGGCUUCCCCUGCCACUGUGAGUCGUUGUGGUAUGAUUUAUUUGGAACCUUCACAGUUAGGAUGGGAACCACUUGUGAGUUCGUGGUUGAAUUCAUUGAGAGAGCCUCUAAGUGAACCAGAAUAUCAAAUUCUGCUGAAUGAACUUUUCAGAUGGCUGGUACCACCUUCUUUAGCAUUUCGUAAGAAAAAAUGCAAGGAACUAAUUCCUACAAGUAACAUCAAUGCAGUUGUCUCUCUCACACGCCUCUUUGAGAUACUUCUCUGUAAUGUGCUGGAAAAUGAACCCACUACCAAGCACAUUCGUGUUUGGAUUAUGGCCUGCUUUAUAUUCUCUUUGAUUUGGUCCAUCGGAGCAAGUUGUGAUACAAACGGUCGCCUUGCCUUUGAUAAUUUCUUACGAACAAUUGUAACAGGGAAAGAUGAAGAAGAACCAAUGCCAAACUCUGUGGGUAAAUGGGAAUGCCCAUUUGAUGAAAAAGGCCUGGUCUAUGACUACAUGUAUGAGUUAAAAAACCGGGGUCGCUGGCUCCAUUGGAAUGAAUUAAUUAAAAGUUCUAGUUUAGAAGACAAACGUACCAAGAUUCAAGACAUCAUAGUUCCUACAAUGGACACAAUAAGAUAUACUUUCCUAAUGGAUUUGAGUAUUACCUAUGCAAAGCCACUGCUUUUUGUGGGUCCAACUGGUACAGGAAAGUCAGUGUAUGUGAAGGAUAAGCUAAUGAAUCACUUGGAAAAAGACAAGUACUUCCCUUUCUAUGUCAAUUUCUCUGCACGGACCAGUGCGAAUCAGGUUCAGAACAUCAUUAUGUCUAGAUUGGACAAAAGGCGCAAGGGAGUAUUUGGACCACCUAUGGGAAAGAAAUGUAUAGUGUUUAUAGAUGAUAUGAACAUGCCUUCAUUGGAGAAAUAUGGAGCUCAACCUCCUAUUGAGUUAUUACGACAGUUUUUUGAUUGUGGACACUGGUAUGACCUUAAGGACACCAGUAAAAUCACACUGGUUGAUAUAGAACUGAUAGCAGCCAUGGGUCCUCCAGGUGGAGGAAGGAACGCAGUCACUCCCCGUUUCAUUCGACAUUUCAACAUCUGCACUAUCAAUACUUUCAGUGAUGAAACCAUGGUCCGAAUCUUCUCAUCAAUCGUGGCAUUCUACCUUAGGUCUCGUGAUUUCUCUCCAGAGUACUUUGCAAUUGGACACCAAAUAGUCAGUGGGACUAUGGAGAUAUAUAAGCAAUCUAUGGAAAAUCUUUUGCCCACUCCUGCAAAAUCUCAUUAUACUUUCAAUUUGCGUGAUUUCUCACGUGUCAUCCGAGGUUGCUUGCUCAUUGAGAAAGAUGCUGUAGAGAGCAAGCACACCAUGGUCCGUCUGUUUGUGCAUGAGGUUCUCCGCGUGUUUUAUGAUCGCCUCAUUAAUGAUGAAGAUCGAAAUUGGCUCUUCAGAUUAAUUAAAACUGUUGUGAAGGACCACUUUAAGGAGCCGUUUGAUACUGUCUUUUUUCAUCUUCGAAAAGAGAAUGCUCCAGUAACUGAAGAAGACUUAAGAAGUCUCAUGUUUGGGGAUUAUAUGAACCCUGAUCUUGAAGGAGAUGAUCGAACUUACAUUGAAAUUCCAAAUAUUAACCAGUUUAAUGAUGUUGUUGACCAGUGUCUGGAUGAGUACAAUCAAACUCACAAGAGAAGAAUGAGUCUUGUUGUGUUUAGGUAUGUUUUGGAACAUUUAUCAAGAAUAUGCCGCAUUCUAAAGCAGUCUGGCGGAAAUGCGUUGCUUAUCGGGCUUGGAGGAAGUGGUCGGCAGUCUUUAACUCGUCUAGCCACCUCCAUGGCAAAAAUGCAGAUUUUCCAACCAGAAAUUUCUAAGAGUUACGGGAUGAAUGAGUGGAGAGAGGAUAUGAAGACCUUGUUAAAAAAUGUAGGCAUGAAGGGCCAGAAGACAGUCUUUCUGAUCACAGACACUCAGAUUAAAGAGGAAGCUUUCCUAGAAGAUGUUGACAGUGUGCUCAAUACUGGUGAAGUUCCUAACAUUUUUGCAGCAGAUGAAAAGCAAGAAGUAAUGGAGGGUGUCCGUCCAGUAGCUCAGGCUGGCAAUAAACACGAUGAACUCAGUCCCUUAGCCCUGUUUGCUUUCUUUGUGAAUCGCUGCAAAGAUAAUCUUCACAUCGUUGUGGCCUUCAGCCCCAUAGGAGAUGCCUUUCGCAAUCGUCUGAGACAAUUCCCAUCCCUCAUCAAUUGCUGUACUAUUGAUUGGUUUCAGCCAUGGCCUGAAGAUGCUCUUGAACGUGUAGCUGUGAAUUUCUUAGAAACCCUGGAGCUUACUGAGAUUGAGCGGAAAGAGAUAGUCCCGAUCUGUAAACACUUUCAUACUUCCAUUAUGACCCUUUCAGAAAGGUUCUUAGAAGAGUUAGGACGACAUAACUAUGUUACCGCUACUUCUUAUCUCGAACUUAUUGGCUCGUUUCGGCAACUGUUGACUAAGAAACGGCAAGCUGUCAUGGAAGCCAAACAACGCUACGUGAAUGGACUUGACCAGUUAGCUUUUGCCGAGUCUCAGGUUGGGGAAAUGCAACUGGAGCUCGUUGAACUGCAGCCCAAAUUGGAGGAAGCUAAAAUUGAAAAUGCACGUAUGAUGCAGAUUAUUGAGAUAGAGUCUGCACAAGUAGAAGCAAAAAGAAAGUUUGUGAAAUUGGAUGAAGAGAUAGCCAGUGGGAAGGCAGAAGAAGCCCAGGCUCUGAAGAAUGAGUGUGAGAGUGACCUGGCUGAGGCCAUUCCUGCCUUGGAAGCAGCUCUGUCUGCACUGGAUACUCUGAAGGGAAGUCCAGCUGAUAUCACAAUUGUGAAAUCCAUGAAGAAUCCUCCUGCUGGUGUUAAACUUGUUAUGGCUGCUGUUUGUGUCAUGAAAGAUAUAAAACCAGAAAAAAUUUCAGAUCCUUCAGGAACUGGAGGCAAGAUAUUUGAUUACUGGGGACCUAGCAAAAAACUUCUGGGAGAUAUGAAUUUCUUAAGAGAUUUGAGAGAGUAUGACAAGGACAAUAUUCCAGUGGCUGUUAUGCAGAAGAUUCGUAGUGAAUACUUGACAAACCCUGAGUUUGAUCCCCCUAAGGUGGCUAAAGCUUCUUCUGCAGCUGAAGGUCUGUGCAAAUGGAUCAUGGCUAUGGAAGUGUAUGACAGAGUUGCAAAGGUUGUGGCUCCUAAGAAAGCUCGCUUAUCGGAGGCUCAGAAGUCCUUAGCUGAGACCAUGGAGCUUCUGAAUCAGAAGAGAGGAGAACUGGCAGAAGUAGAGCAUCACCUGGAAAAUCUACAGAAGAUUUUUCUUGAGAAAACAGAGGAAAAGGCAGCUUUGGAAGAUCAGGUGGAGCUGUGUGCUAAGAAGCUGGAACGAGCCUCCAAACUGAUAGGAGGACUGGGAGGAGAAAAAUCGAGAUGGUCUCAAGCUGCCAAUGACCUUCAAAUAACAUAUGAGAACUUAACGGGUGAUGUCCUCGUGUCAGCAGGAGUAAUAGCUUACCUUGGUGCUUUCACUUCCGGAUUUCGACAAGAAUGCACGGAAGAUUGGAGCAGGUUGUGCAAGGAGAAAAAAUUCCCAUGUUCAGAGGAGUUCUCAUUGAGUAAAACCUUGGGUGAUCCAGUAAAAAUUAGAGCUUGGAAUAUUGCUGGGCUGCCAACAGAUGCAUUCUCCAUAGACAAUGGCGUGAUUGUUAAUAAUUCCAGACGAUGGCCCCUAAUGAUUGAUCCCCAGGGUCAAGCCAAUAAGUGGAUCAAAAACUCUGAGAAAGAAAAUCAGCUUAGUGUUAUUAAGCUAUCGGAUACCGACUAUAUGAGAACGUUGGAAAACUGCAUUCAGUUUGGGACUCCACUUCUGCUGGAAAAUGUCGGUGAAGACCUAGAUCCCUCUUUGGAGCCUUUGUUACUUCGACAAACGUUUAAACAAGGUGGCAUUGAUUGCAUCCGACUUGGUGAAGUCAUUAUUGAAUAUUCUUUUGAUUUUAAAUUUUAUAUCACCACAAAACUGAGAAAUCCACACUAUAUGCCAGAACUGGCUACAAAAGUAUCUUUGCUCAAUUUCAUGAUAACACCAGAAGGGCUUGAAGAUCAAUUACUAGGCAUUGUUGUUGCAAAGGAGAGACCGGAAUUAGAGGAGGAGCGGAAUGCUCUUAUUCUUCAGUCUGCGGCUAAUAAGAAGCAGCUAAAAGACAUAGAGACAAGGAUUUUAGAAACAUUAUCAUCUUCAGAAGGAAACAUUUUGGAAGAUGAGAGUGCAAUAAAAGUCUUAGACUCUGCCAAGAUGAUGUCUAAUGAGAUAACGAAGAAACAGCAGGUUGCAGAAAAAACAGAACUCAAAAUAGCAGAGUCCCGAGAAGGGUACAGACCCAUCGCUAAACACUCAUCGGUGCUGUUCUUUAGCAUUGCAGACCUGGCUAACAUCGACCCCAUGUACCAGUACUCUCUCAUCUGGUUUGUGAACCUUUACAUCAACUCUAUUCAUGACAGUAACAGAUCCAAAAUUUUGGAAAAGCGCCUGCGAUAUUUAAAUGACCACUUCACAUACAACUUAUAUUGCAACAUAUGCCGAUCGCUGUUUGAGAAGGACAAGCUACUGUUCUCCUUUUUGUUAUGUGCUAAUCUUCUUCUGGCCAAGAAAGAGAUCGAAUACCAGGAACUCAUGUUUCUUUUAACUGGAGGAGUAAGUCUUAAGAGUGCUGAAAAAAAUCCUGCUCCGAAGUGGCUACAGGAUAAAAGCUGGGAGGAGAUUUGCAGAGCAAGUGAACUUCCUGUCUUCCAAGGACUCAGGGAGCAUUUUUGUGAGCACAUAAAGGAGUGGCAGGAAAUCUAUGACAGCAAAGAGCCGCACAAUGUGAAAUUUCCAGAACCGAUGGAUAAGACGCUGAAUGAACUGCAGAAAAUAAUUGUUCUUCGGUGCUUGAGGCCCGAUAAGAUAACCCCAGCUAUAACAAAUUAUGUAACUGACAAGCUAGGGAAAAAAUUUGUAGAACCUCCACCAUUUGAUUUGACAAAGAGUUACUUGGAUUCAAAUUGCACCAUUCCCUUAAUUUUUGUGCUGUCUCCAGGAGCAGAUCCCAUGGCCAGCCUGCUGAAGUUUGCAAAUGAUAAAUCUAUGUCCGGAAAUAAGUUUCAAGCUAUUUCCCUGGGUCAAGGACAAGGGCCGGUUGCAGCAAAAAUGAUCACAGCUGCAAUAGAAGAAGGAACUUGGGUUUGUCUACAAAACUGUCACCUUGCUGUUUCCUGGAUGCCCACAUUGGAAAAGAUAUGUGAAGACUUUUCACCUGAAGUCUGCAAUUCAACUUUUAGGCUUUGGCUCACAAGCUAUCCAUCUCCAAAAUUCCCAGUAACAAUUCUACAGAAUGGAGUAAAAAUGACUAAUGAACCUCCCACGGGUCUUCGGCUAAAUCUCCUUCAAUCAUAUGUCUCUGAUCCAAUUUCUGAUUCUCAGUUUUUCAAGGGAUGCCCAGGCAAAGAACUGGCAUGGGAGAAGUUGCUUUUUGGAGUUUGCUUUUUUCAUGCUCUUGUUCAAGAGAGAAAGAAAUUCGGUCCUCUGGGUUGGAACAUCCCAUAUGGAUUUAAUGAGUCAGACCUACGCAUCAGUAUCCGACAACUGCAGUUGUUCAUAAACGAAUAUGACACAAUCCCAUUUGAAGCUAUCUCCUACCUGACCGGGGAGUGUAACUACGGAGGAAGAGUGACGGACGACUGGGACAGACGCCUCCUGUUGACCAUGCUGGCAGACUUCUACAACUUACACAUCAUCGAAAACCCUCAUUACAAGUUCUCGCCCAGUGGUAACUAUUUUGCUCCUCCCAAAGGCACUUACGAGGACUACAUUGAGUUCAUCAAGAAACUUCCAUUUACUCAAGAACCUGAGAUAUUCGGAUUACAUGACAAUGUUGAUAUCUCCAAAGAUCUUCAACAAACAAAAGUCCUUUUUGAGUCCUUGCUUCUCACCCAGGGAGGCUCCAAGCAAUCAGGCUCCUCGGGAAGUACUGACCAGAUCCUGUUAGAAAUUACUGAAGAUAUCCUCUACCAGCUCCCCAAUGAUUUUGACAUUGAAAGAGCACUACGCUAUUAUCCUGUGAGGUAUGAAGAGAGCAUGAAUACUGUGUUAGUGCAAGAAAUGGAACGGUUUAACAAUUUAAUUAGAACUAUACGUAAUACUCUACAGGACCUUAAAAAGGCUAUUAAAGGUGUGGUUGUAAUGGACUCUGCAUUGGAAGCGCUUUCAAGCAGCUUGCUUGUUGGGAAGGUUCCAGAAAUGUGGGCAGAACGAUCAUACCCAAGUCUGAAGCCCCUUGGAAGUUACAUCACAGAUUUCCUAGCCCGGCUGAGCUUUUUACAGGAAUGGUUCUCUUCGGGAAAACCCAAUGUGUUUUGGAUCUCUGGUUUCUUUUUCACCCAAGCUUUUUUAACCGGAGCGAUGCAGAAUUAUGCCAGAAAAUACACCAUCCCUAUUGAUUUACUAGGCUACGAAUUUGAGGUGAUUUCUCGUCACGCCUCUGACAGUGCACCAGAAGAUGGCGUGUAUAUUCAUGGGUUAUACCUUGAUGGAGCACGGUGGGACAGGACCAGUGGAUUGCUUGCUGAACAAUAUCCCAAACUUUUGUUUGACCUGAUGCCCAUCAUAUGGAUAAAACCAAAUGAAAAGUCCAAGAUUACAAAGACAAACGCCUAUAUCUGUCCCCUCUACAAGACGAGUGAACGUAAAGGAACUCUUUCCACUACAGGACAUUCCACCAACUUUGUUAUUGCAAUGUUGUUAGAAACAGACCUGCCUAUUCAACAUUGGGUCAAGCGUGGUGUGGCUCUGCUCUGUCAGCUGGAUAACUAAAUUGAACAAAUUUAGAAAACAUCUGAUAAUUUUUAAAUUUUCACUUACUUAAAAAAAAAUUCCCAAA